UAAUUAUCCUUAUUGCUCCAGUUUAUUUGCCGGAGCUUUGACCCACCCGCCCUUUCGGACGAGAGCUUGACAGGAAAGGAUGGUCGUUGCACUUCAGUCGCCACUCAGACUUACCAUCACUCGCUCUUCAAAUAUGCCGCGAAACUGAUCGGCUACUGAUUGAGGCAUGAAAGGAAAACUUUCCUAGUGACGAGCCAUUGAAGGCCAUCCAAAUGUCACAGGUUCACUACUGCCUACUACGUACAGCCCUUAAAGCCGACAAUCCCACCACGUUUAUUGUCUGAAAAAUGUCCAACUCUCCCGUCGACCCUCCUGCUCCAGGUGCUUUUGCUUCUGUCAAUCAUUCAACGAGACCUGCGAUCUCUGAUUGUUCACAAGAUGUUGACACUACAGACAACUCCCCUCGGCUUCCUUGCUAUGAUCUCCCAGCCAGCCCUCCCCUUGCCUACUCACCUGUUAGUAUUGAGGCCACAGAACCAACAUGUCCUCCAUCCUACCACAAUCAACAGUCAGCACAAGAGUUCCCUCGAUAUGACAUGGGCCUGUUCUCACCGAUCGAAUUCCCAAUAAUGACUGAGGAUCUGCCCACCUAUUCGAAAAUGAAUACAGAGGAGCCAAACACUUUGGCAAAGGUCCUUUGGAAGUGGGGCUUCUUGUGUCCGCUGCUCUGGUUCAUUGGAAUGACUAUUAUGUGGAUUCCCUUAAAGUCCACUGAGGAGGAGCAUGGCCCUGAAAAGGCUCAAAAACUGGAAGAAAUGAUUGUUAUUCUUCGAAAGACCGAGUUGAAAUACGCGAAGAAAUGCGCCUGGGCAUUCAGCGGCUUAUCAAUUACGUUAAUAGUUCUGAUAGUCGUCGUUAUUGCCUGGUCAACAACCAGAUGAUCCUUUCGUUGAUUAGAGGGUUAAUCAUGAAUAAUAUUCGGGAGAGAUUGCUGGACAUUAGACAAGGGGUUGGGUGUAUAAUUAUCAGAGUGAACGGAAUGGUUAACUUAAUCAUAAAUUGUCAACCGACAUAAGGU